GAGAUCAGGCAGUCUGCUCUGGCAGCAAGACUAUUCUUUGCAGCCUUUGCUUCUUGGCCCUUUACUCUCCAGGACUGUAGACUGCCUACCAUGCCCUCCCAUGGGGUGUCUGUUGCCCUGCUGCUUCUAGCCCAGGUGGGCUUUUCUGUGAGCCUUGAGGCUAUCCAGUGCCCUCCAUGCUCUGAGGAGAAGCUGGCACGCUGCAGGACACCCUCUGGAUGCGAGGAGCUGGUGCAGGAACCAGGCUGUGGAUGUUGUGCCACGUGCGCCUUAACAAAAGGGAUGCUCUGCGGGGUGUACACAUCUCGCUGUGGUUCAGGGCUGCGGUGUUACCCACCGCGGGGAAUGGAAAAGCCCUUGCACACACUCAUGCAUGGCCAAGGUGUUUGCAUGGACCUGUCUGAAGUCGAGGCAAUCCAAGAGAGCAUGCAGUCAACAGAGCAAGCAGAGAUUGAGCUCCCUCCCACCAACAACUUCAGCCCCUGCAACAUCCAUGACCGCAAAUGCCUGCAGAAACAACAAGCAAGAGCACGGGAACGAAUAAACAUUGGUGUCAAGAUGAGGAACCACGGGAGCCUCAUGCUCCGGGAGGAUAUCCGGCCAGUGGUUCAAGGCUUGUGUCAGAAUGAACUUCAGAGAGCCCUAGAGAGACUAGCAGCUUCCCAAACCCGAACCCAUGAGGACCUUUACCUCAUUCCCAUCCCUAACUGUGACCAAAAUGGACAUUUUCAUCCCAAGCAGUGUCACCCAGCUUUAGAUGGGCAACGAGGGAAAUGUUGGUGUGUGGAUCGGAAGACAGGGGUUAAAUUGUCAGGAAGUCUGGAAGUGAAGGAAGAUUUGGAUUGCCACCAGCCUGUAGAUGGAGUGGAAGAGUGACCAGGCUGAUAAGUGGACAAUAAGACUUGCCUUGACAAUCUGCCAAGGGAACUUGUUGUACUUAGUGUUUGAUAAGUAGAUGCAAUGUAAACUGGGAGUUACCACAAUGCCUUUUUUUCCCCUGAGGGGGAAUAAUAGCAGUAACGGCUGCCUUUCUCCUCAAAAUAACUGCAUUAAUCUAAGCACAAUGUGGCUUAGUCUCUUUUCUGUCUAACUGGGUAGCUAUUUGCAUCCAUGGAUCAUUCUUCAUUGACAAUGGGAACUGUAUUCCAUGUGAAUGACCAUUGAUGACAAAAAGCCCCACUGGCUUUAAUCUUGAGUACCUCAGUAAGUCUUUUGAGAGUUUCCUCUGAGUAGACCUGCUCUUGUUUUUGGUAUAAACUGUUAGGAAACUUGUUCUUCUUCCACCGAGAAAGGGAAAAAGUAAAGCAGGGGACAAAGUUCUUUCCCCCACUUUUCAUAAAAGUCCACUAAAACCCAGGCUGGUUCAGUAGUGCCUAGACUUCUUCCAUCCUAAUAUACUUUAUCUUCUCAAUGCAAGGGAUAAAUUACAUCUACGAUGAGAAAAAGUAUGCUUAUUCGAAAGGCUUCAUUUUCUAGCCAUGAUGCACUGGUUUUCAUUGCCACGGCUUAGUCUUGAAACACAUUAAACACAUUUUGUUCUUGAACAAAAUCCUCUAAUUUAUAUUGACCAAACAAACUUUUCUCAAUCCCAUGUUUCACUAACAGGACAUCAGAGUUUCACUUUGAAUUUGGGUUGUUGUUUCCAGGCAUAAUUUCAAUUUCAAUUUUUGCUUUAAUUUAAAUGAACUUAAAUUGUUAAUUCAUAUUCCAAAUAGGGAUAAAGGGAUACAAUUACAAAAAACUCAAAUCAUAAUAUGUAAUAAUUAAAAUCAUGCUUCUACAUUCAUAUUUUUUUAAAAAAAUUAAAAAAAAAAGAUAGCUGGCAUAAUCUAGUUGAUAUUCUAUCCUUGCUUGGUAAUUAACUAUUCAGUUUAUUUUCAAGCAGAGUAAGAUAAUCUUUGGUGCAUAGGAUAAUAUCUCUGAAAUCUAGAAAAAUGAGAUUCUAAUCUAGGGCAUUUGGUAAUAUAAAUAAUGGCGCCCCAUUUGUAGUAUUAGUGACAAAAGAACUUUUAGAAAUUGGCAUGGGAGCUGGAUUUAGCAACAGUUUCAAGGAUUGUGCUUUAGCUUAUUUGACUAAAAUAAGGGUGUGGGAGGGAAAUGCUAAAAAUGGGUCUAUAUAUUUAUUUAAUUUACAUUGGAGGUAGGAUUCAGAUUCACCCAAUAUAGCUAUUUGCUUUCUUUACUCUUCCCAUUAAAUGUAGAGUAAUUAUAGCCCUGGUAUAAAGAGAUGUACCCCACCCAGGAGUACUUUCAAUCUGGAAACAAAAGUGAAAAUGUUUAAAACACCCAAGACUGAAUUUGUCCAUUCUAGAGUCCAAUCCCAUUUAUACUAAAAACAAGGCUACUUUUCUUCUAGCAUCUUUUUUUAUUUCUAAUUAAAGAGCAAUAAAAUUAAUGCCAUCAGGCAAUCUUGCUGUAGAACAAGGAACCUCUUCCUCAAAUGAAAUGUUUCUCAUUAGCAAGUAGAGUUUGCAACAUUGGGGAGGGGGAGAUAAGAAACUCCCAGCCUCCUUGCUGGAACUUCAUAAAAAUCUUCAGUUUGGGCUGCCAAAAUUUGUUGGCAAAACCAUUAAUUUUUUAUGGGGCAGUUUCUCACAUUUUGCCUUUAAAAGGACAAAUAGAUCUCGAUGAGGUGCAAAGUAAUUCAUUUUCUUUUUAAAAAAUAUAUCCCUCAGAUUAGGAUGUUCUUCCUAACUAUAAAUAUAUAUGUUGAUCUAACUUUCAGAUAAACAAAUUGUCAAGAAGGAGACUGUGAAGCAUGUUUUCAGAACAUGGGCAGCACUAACUUUUGAUGAAGUCCUUCACCUUUCAAGAGUGUAAGAACUCAU